AUGCGCAUCCGUCCUGCUGCAUCAACCAUGACGUCGCUCGCAUUGCUUACGAGGCACGUCGUGGGCUUCCGAGUGAGCAGCGGUGUGCGCAUCAGGUCGCCAGCAACCCCGUCAUCGUCGCCUUCGUCCGCACGCCGCAUGCGCAGCACAGGAGAGAUGGGCCGCAGUGCAACGAAUCCCCCGGCAAGAGGGCCUGAACGAGAACGACAGGAUGCGUUCGAUUUCGAAACUCCUAUCGAUCGCUCCAACACCGGGUCAUUGAAACUGGAUGCCUACGGCGGCAGGGACGUGAUCCCCCUCUGGGUGGCCGACAUGGACUUGAAAACGUCGCCAGCCAUCAUCGACGCCGUCAAGAAGCGCGCCGACCACGGCAUAUUCGGGUACUCUUUUCCCACGGAAGGAGUCAAGACGGCCGUCAUGAACUACUACAAGGACAUGCAUGGGGUAGAUGUGGGAGACAAGAGCUGGCUGUUUUUCACCCCUGGAACUAUCCAAAGCAUGCACGCUGCGUGUAUGAUGCUCCCGGAGACCGCGAGUGUCAUGGUUAUGACCCCUAGCUAUCCUCCUUUUUUCAAGUCGCCGAAGAACACCGGGCGAGGCCUCGUUCUUGUACCUGCUGACAGAGCCGGGGGGCGGUGGACCCUAGACUGGAACGGGAUGGAAGAGGCCAUGAGGAAGCACCCAGAGACCGCGCUGCUGAUGCUGUGCAACCCGUACAAUCCCGUGGGGAGGGUUUUCACCGAGGAAGAGCUGUUGAGGGUCGGGGACUUUUGUGAGCGGCACGAUCUCACGAUCGUCUCGGAUGAGAUUCACUCAGACCUCAUACUAGACGAAGGCGUUCGGCACAUUUCGAUGCUGGCUUUGGAUAACGGGCGCUUUGCCUCUCGGACCAUCUUGCUCAACGCGCCGAGUAAGACAUACAACGUUCCAGGUCUCGGCUGCAGCUACGCGAUAAUCCCCGACAAGAAGUUGCGAGUGGGCUUCGAGAGAGCGGCAGCGGGUUGGAUCGGCCUCAACUCUCCGCUGGGCUACGUUGGCUGCGAGGCUGCGUACACCGAGGGGGAGCCGUGGCGACAGGCGUUGCUUGAGCACUUGAGGGGAAAUCGAGCCGCCUUGUACGCGUUUAUGGAGGAGAAGCUGCCGGAGCUCCGCAUGGACCCUAUGGAAGCGACGUACCUUGCUUGGGUGGACGUGACGAAGCUGGGCUGGAAAAGCCCGGCAUUGGAAUUCGAGCGAGCGGGCGUGGGGCUCACGGACGGGAAAGGUUUCCUCGGGGAGGGGUACGUGCGGAUCAACUUUGCGUGUCCGCGAGAGAUGCUGAUGGAAGGCCUCCGACGAAUGGAGCAAGCGGUCAUCAAAGAGUACCGUGAGAAGCAGGAUGAUGUACUGUAGCACCAACGGCAACCUCGGUGGCAGGACAAGAAAAGUCCUGACCAGUUUUUGAUGAUGACGCAUGCGUUCCUACAUUUUGGUGUAGCAGUGCGCAUGUGGUUGGGCAUCCGUACAGCGUUGAUAUCCGUGGAUGGAAACAGAGGCGAACGUGUGUGCUGUUGCCUCUGUGAACGUACGUGUCGUUGGGUCGAUCUUGGUGAGUCCGUUUUUUUUGUAAACACAGGUGGAACCGAGCGUCUUCGUUCAUCAAGUGAGUGUUCGUUUGCGUGUCAGCAUGCCAUCUUUGCGUGGGAAGUGGAGAAGUAAGGGUGGAGCAACACCUUCUUGAGCCGUUUUGGCGCCGGAGGGCCAGCCGAGAUCAUACUCUUACUCUUUCGUGAUGGUUGGAUU